UUUUCUUUUAAUUUCUUGCAGAUGAAAAAGGGGACGGAACGUCCUUGUUAUUGUUGUCGUUCCUUUUGAUACCAAGAAGAAGAUGUCGACGAUCAAUUCUCGAGACCUGUAUAAUUACGAGUGCUCGGACAGGGGGCUCCUCUUGCCCUUAAUCAGCGAGUACACAUGGCCGAAGCCGGUCCGGGCAGGCCUUUAUUUCGUGGCACUCUUGUAUUGCUUCCUCGGGAUUGCCAUCAUCGCAGACAUUUUCAUGUGUGCCAUCGAGAAGAUCACGUCUAAGACUCGCAAGGUGUACCUGAGCAGUGCGACAGAUAAUCAACCGGAGGUGAUCGAGGUGCGAGUGUGGAAUGACACUGUGGCAAACCUGACGCUCAUGGCCCUUGGAUCCAGUGCCCCGGAGAUCCUUCUAUCCAUCAUCGAGAUCGUCGGGAAUAAGUUCGAGGCGGGAGAGUUGGGUCCUGGCACCAUCGUUGGAUCUGCUGCCUUCAAUCUCAUGUGCAUAUGCGCCAUCUGCAUCGUCGCCGUUCCCUCUCCCGAAGCCCGACCCAUAAAGGCGUUCAAGGUAUUCGUGGUGACAGCGGUAUGGUCCUUGAUAGCAUACCUCUGGCUCCUCGUCAUCUUGGUCGGAAUCACACCCAAUGUCGUGGACUUAUGGGAAGCUAUCGUCACCUUUCUCUUCUUCCCCAUCCUCGUCAUAAUGGCUUACGUCACCGAUAUCGAACGAUGGGGUCUCAAAUUCAAGGGGGCAGAUAAGAAGAAACAGAUCGAGCUGGGCAAUUUCCAGCCCGGUGAGUCCUCCCAGAAACAGCUGAGGGACGAGUAUUUCUUCAGGGAUGGAAAGGUAGACAAGGACUCCUUGGUCCAGUUCGUCCGCGAAGUGAAGAAAUACCCUGGACUCUCCGAGGAGGACGCCGCACUUCUCGCUGCCACCAAGUUGGUGGAGUCGCAGCCUCAUUCCCGGCUGUGGUAUCGGAUCGGGGCGACGCGACAGCUCGCCGGCUCCCGCAAGACCAAGCCUCAAGUCUCCGAGAAACUCCAGGAGGUCUCGGCAUGGGAAAAGCUGAGACGUGCAAAGAAAGCCGCUUUAGCCUCAACUUUAAAAACAACUGUGCCACCCCCAAAAACGACAACGACGACGACGACGUCAAAGAAGACAGACAAGGAAACGAAGAUGAAAGGUGGGAAGCGUUCGUACCCGGCAGAUCAUGGGGACCACUUGGCCAAUAUGCCCGCCGUUGAAAACAUCAAAUUACCAGAGAUUGCUUCUCCCAUGUCUUCUACUGGGACGGAUUGGACGAAAAUCAUCGCCUCUGCUGCAAUCAAGCGGCAGGUCGAAGAAGCGAUGGAUAAAGUGUACGAUGCGAUGAACGAGCACCCGGAUGCACCGACUUUGGGGAAGCCCCUUGUGCCGGAUUCCCAGAAGAAUGCCGUCUUCGAUUUCGAGGCCGCCACCGUUGCCGUGAUGGAAAACGUCGGCAAGGUGAAAAUCCCCAUCCAGCGAACCGGACGACUCGACAAAGUGGCCAAAAUCAGAGUGGAGACGAUCGAUGGGUCAGCGGAGGCAGGGCAAGACUACGUCAAAAUCCAGGAAGUCUUGGAAUUCGAACCCAACGAAACGGAAAAAAUGAUUGAGGUGGAGAUCCUGAACGACGAGCAGUGGGAGCCCGACGAGGAGUUCUUCCUCAAGUUGAAUCUCGUGUCCGGAGAGGAAGAUGGCGUGGAGCUCGGACGCAUUAACGUCCUCGAAAUCACCAUCCUCAACGAUGACAAUCCCGGGACCUUGAUGUUCAAGAAGCGCGGAAUGCUGGUGCAAGAAAGCGUGGGGACACUCCAGAUCCCCGUGAUACGCAAGGAUGGAGCAGAUGGCGAUGUCUCUGUUUCCUGGAAGACUCACGACAAGAGCGCUGUUGAGGGCAAGGAUUACAUUGGCAAAGAGGGCACCAUCACCUUCAAGAGCACUGAGGUUGAGAAGCUGAUUGAGAUCGAGAUAAAAAACGACUUUGUGCCUGAGAAGAAUGAGCAUUUCGAAGUGGAGCUGUUGAACCCAGUUGGAGGAGCCAGGGUCGGGAAGAUCAACCGCGUCACCGUCACCAUCACCAAUGACGACGACUUCAACUCCAUCAUGAAUCGAAUGCUCCUGAUGACUAAUGCGAACAUGGACAAGUUCCAGGUCCAUACAGAAUCCUGGGGAGAUCAGUUCAAGGAGGCUCUCAGCGUAAAUGGAGGUGAUACUGAGAACGCCACCUUCUCUGAUUGCAUCAUGCACGUCCUCACCUUCGGCUGGAAACUCAUCUUUGCAUUUGUACCACCGCCAUCCAUACUUGGAGGGUGGCUGGCCUUCUCUGUGUCGCUGAUUUUCAUCGGGAUUAUAACGGCGAUCGUCGGAGACCUUGCCGCCAUCUUCGGCUGCCUUGUUGGACUCAAGGAUGCUGUCACUGCAAUCACGUUUGUGGCAUUGGGGACAUCGUUGCCGGACACAUUUGCAUCAAAGACGGCAGCCGUGCAAGAGAAAUAUGCAGACAACGCCGUAGGAAACGUGACAGGAAGCAAUUCGGUGAAUGUAUUCCUUGGUCUUGGACUCCCAUGGCUCAUUGCUGCGAUCUACCAUGCUACCAAGGGACAAAAGUUUAAGGUGUCAGCCGGAAACAUGGGGUUUUCGGUGACAGUAUUCACCGUGUGCGCAGUGCUGACGUUGGGCCUCCUUGUCCUUCGCCGAUACCUUGGCAUCUUUGGCAAGGGGGAACUUGGGGGACCGAAGGUGACAAAGUAUGCCUCUGCAUUCUUCCUCCUCUUCCUUUGGCUUGCAUAUAUUCUUCUCUCAUCCCUUCAGAUUUAUGGUAGAAUCAAUACCUUCUAAUCCACGUGAUACCCUGUUCCCACAGAAACCCUUGUCUUUUCAUGACUUAAUGGGACUUUUUUUUUAAUUGAUAAUUUGAUUUUUUUUUAAUGAUGUGAUUUAUUUUAUGAAAGGGAACGUACUUUUUCCCCAGUGAUUGCCAGCACAAAGUUCUUCUUUGCCAACAACUCUUUCCUGGUUUCUAAUCCUCUGUUGAUAUUCUACUUUCACUGGACUCUUCUGCCUUUUCUUGGGAAUUUCUGGGAAUGAUGUACUUGUUUUGUUGAAGGAGACCAGCCUAGUAGCCAGUGAAUUGGUGAUAAUCCAGCACAAAGUUAAAUUUUUUUGCCAUGUCAAAACUCUAUAGGAUGGUUUGAUUUAAUCAUAUUCAGUUUUGAUGCCAUUUUAGAUCGUGCUAGAUUUAUAGGCGAGAGAAAUUUGAAUGAAAGCUGGAGAGAAGUGCCUCUUGGACUUGGUAUGAUUGUAAGUUUGGGAAUCCUUGCAUUCCAAAGAGAUUAUUUUCGUAGAUGAGAAUGCUACAUUUUUAGCCAUCUCAGGAGAUGAAGUUAUGCAUUCCAUUUUCAUUGGGUCAAAAGUCAAUACUGGGGUGACACUCAAUUUGCACAAAACAUGGACUAAACAUAUACUAAACAGACAGCACUAGAUGAAAUUACAUCUAUUACGCAUCUCAGAGCGGUACUUGCUUGUAGUCUUUUAGUAAAAAGUUCUAUUAUUUAGAAAACGUUUUGAAGACCCCUGGAGAAAACAUCUCAUGUUGUGAAUUGUUCCCCUUUCUCAAUUUUGUAGCUCUCAUUGUUCCCUAUGGAACAUAGAGCAUUAUUGCCCACAUUUUACAGAAUGAUAUUCAUUGUGUGAGCAUCAUUUUCUCACAAAUAGGAAAAAAUAGACUACGAUGAAGGUGCUGUCUAUAAAAAGUCGGCUUUAACUCAUUGGGAGGAACACACGGAAACCCUAAGCCAACAAUGCCUUCUACACCAUGAAAUUUCAAGUUGGUGCUGGCAUGGAGUCCUAUUUCCUCGGAAAUGCCUGUUGGAAUUUUUCCCACAUCAUGCGCAAAAAUAAUUAGCUCCAUACCAGUGACAUGCGUAAAGGGGAGGAGGGGCCCUCAGGGGGUUCGAGCCCCACGCCAGCUCUGUCGCACUCCCGCUGUUCGUUAUUCAACUGCCUUGAUGCUGUGCCCCUCCCCCACCCCCGUUCCCAUAACCCUGCCCACAGCUGCUUCCCAGCCUCGAGGCUACGCAUGAUGAUAUCCCUUCACAAUUCUCAACGUUUCUUUCAAAUAUCAGUGCUUUUAAUCGACGUGCUUGUGCAAACUGGGUAGUAUCCAGGUUGACAAAUGAAUUCCACUGGAAGAAUUGAUACUUUUGAAAAUGGUCUUCCAGCACCAGCUCGCAUGAGUGAAGUUUAAAACGUAUCCAGAGAGAUGCUCGAUAGCGAGAAGAUGGAGAAUAACUUUGUGAAAUCUGAAUUUUUUUGUAUAUUCUGCUGAUGCGUGUUACUCCUUGGCAGCUGUCAAGCGUUCCUACUGACUUUUCGUGCUUUUCGGACUGGAAGCUUUACUCACUUUUUUGAAAAUAAAGAAAAUAUUCUCUGGA